UGGGCAGGUCGCUGGCGCACUCUUCUGGCGGCGGCUUCUCCCGGGUCCGCGCCAGUCAGGGCCUGCGCUCGGCGGGCGCGGCGGCUUCCCGGGGCGCGGCCUGCUCUGCACCCCCCGCCGGCCGAGCCCAGCCGGGGCCCCUCAGCCCGGCCGGGGAGACCUCGCCGGCCGCCUGGGCCCUGCCGGGUCUCGGUGCGCGGCCCGGGCCCAGAGCGCGUCUGCGGCGGUGCGGGGGAGCGGGCGCCCCCGGAGUAAUGCCUCCUGGGCCCGCAUGAGGAGGGGAGCGGGAGCGGGAGCCCCGGUGCCUCCCGGCCGCCGGGCCUGCCCUGCGAGUGCAGCCAUGGAGUGUGUGCAGGUCCCCCCCAUGCAGCCGGGGAGUGCUGCUGAGGGGGACCGGCGGCGGCGGCUGCCCCCUGGACCGCAGACGGACGAGGAGACACUAGGCGGCUUCGAGCCCUGGGCUGCCUCGCCGAAGGACGAGGAUGCUGCUGGCGACCAAAUGGGGGUGAAACUCCAAGAAAGUUUGGGCCUGGCUCUCCUCUCCCAUCUGGAUGCGGAGAUCCUGCCCUCAAAGCCUAGCGCACCGGCGUCAGGAAACGCUCCCAGCGGGGAAAUGGUGGGCCAUGCAACUGUGUCUUCUGCAAAGAGGGACUGGAAGGAGCCGGAGGGCUUAGAUCUGGGAGAGGAGCGGUUACAGGGGAAAGAGACUUCUUUGGUCGUGAACCAUCCACUUCAGGAAGCCUUUUCAGAGCAUGAGGAUGCUUCUGGUAACCCUCACUUGGCUGCAGAGAGGAGAAACUUGCCAGAGGUGGCUGCUGCCGCCAGAGGAUGUCCCGGGGGAAAUGAAAAAUCUCUGCUGCAAGCCCCUCUUUCCCCCUCACAGGAAAAGUUGGCAUCUCCGCCUUCCUAUAACUGUUCUUUGGACUCAGAAGCCCCAAGUCCAGAGAGUCCAGGGGGUGACCCACAAGUGGAGGCUUCUCCGCCUUCUGGUGAUGGAAAACUCAAGCAUGGGGCAAAGCGGGUAACAUUUCCUUCUGAUGAGGACAUAGUGUCUGGGUCUCUGGAGCCUAAAGAUCCUUGGAGACAUGCCCAGAAUGUGACUGUUGAGGAAAUUAUCAUUGCCUACAAACAAGCCUGUCAGAAAUUAAACUGCAAACAGAUACCCAAACUACUGAAGCAGAUACAGGAAUUUAAAGAACUAUCUCCCAGGAUAGAUUGCUUGGAUCUAAAAGGAGAAAAACUAGACUAUAAGGCCUGUGAGGCAUUGGAAGAGAUUUUCAAAAGGGUCCAGUUCAAAAUAGUUGAUUUGGAGCAAACGAACCUGGAUGAAGAUGGUGCCUCAGCAUUAUUUGACAUGAUUGAGUAUUACGAGUCAGCGACGCACCUCAACAUCUCAUUUAACAAACACAUCGGCACCCGAGGCUGGCAGGCAGCUGCACAUAUGAUGAGAAAGACUAACUGUCUGCAGUACCUGGAUGCUCGGAACACUCCUCUGCUGGAUCACUCGGCGCCAUUUGUUGCUCGGGCUCUGCGCAUCAGCAGCACCCUGGUAGUGUUACACUUGGAGAACGCCGGCCUUUCUGGGCGCCCGCUCAUGCUACUAGCAACGGCUCUGAAAAUGAACAUGAACCUACGGGAGCUGUAUCUAGCCGAUAAUAAACUGAAUGGAUUGCAGGACUCUGCUCAGCUUGGCAACCUGCUGAAAUUUAACUGUUACAUACACAUAUUGGACCUGAGGAACAACCACAUCCUAGAUUCAGGCUUGGCAUACAUCUGUGAGGGCCUAAAGGAGCAACGGAAAGGGCUGAUCACUCUGGUUUUGUGGAAUAACCAGCUGACUCACACUGGCAUGGCUUAUAUGGGGAUGACACUGCCUCAUACGCAGAGUUUGGAGACCCUGAACCUUGGUCACAAUCCCAUUGGGAAUGAAGGUGUUCGUAAUCUGAAGAAUGGACUCAUUGGAAACCGCUCUGUGCUCCGAUUAGGCUUGGCUUCUACUAAACUAACAUGCGAGGGUGCUGUGGCGGUAGCAGAAUUCAUUGCAGAGAGUCCAAGGCUCCUUCGACUAGACCUGCGGGAGAAUGAGAUUAAAACAGGGGGUCUGAUGGCAUUGUCCUUGGCGCUGAAGGUCAAUCAUUCUCUGCUCAGGUUGGACUUAGACAGGGAGCCGAAAAAGGAGUCUGUAAAGAGUUUUAUUGAAACACAGAAAGCUCUUUUAGCUGAAAUCCAAAAUGGUUGCAAGCGCAACUUUAUUCUGGCCAAAGAGAAAGAGGAGAAAGAACAGAAACUUCAACAAUCUGCCUCUAUGCCAGAGAUCACCAUCACCGAGCCGAUUGAGGAGGGACCUGUGGAAAACAGCCAAGGUGAUGGCACAGCAGCAACACCUGAAGGAGAUGAAGUGGGGGAGAUGUUGGUGUCCAAAGAGAACAGGCAUACAGACAAGGCAAUAAACAGUGACAAAGAUGGGGUGACAUAUUCAGACUCUGACACAGAUGAUGAGGUAGACACUGGGUUAGAGACUAAAGAUCUCAGUAAAUCACAGAAACAAAAUUAUUCUGUUCAUGUAGAUAAUGUGCCCCAGACAUUUCUUUCUCCUGAAAAGACAAGGGAUGCACUUAGCUCAGAGGACAGAACUGCCCCUUCAAACAUGGCUGAAGAAACAAAGUGUGAGCCCAAAGGAGGGGGAAGCAUAGGGACUAUACCAGGGGCUCAGGCACAUGCUAACUCUCAAGGAAAUGAGAGGAGAAUUUCUGUUUCCAGUCCUGGGCGAGGCCAUAAAAUCUUUGUAGUGACACGAGUGGAAAAUCUACCAGAGAAAACAGCAGAAAACACUACCCGGCUGAAGGAGAAUAUCAGUGACCUGCAAGGCAAUGCAGUGAAACAGUCUAAACUGAUAGCUCAAACCCUACCUACGAAGACUGAAUUUUUGGACUUGCAGGCAAAUGGGACUGUUUCCACGUUGGCAGCCAACUUGGAAAAUGCACCAUCGGCAGGAACCCCUGGAUCAGUUUCAGAAAAGAUGAACUCUGGGCCGUGCGAGAAUACAGUCCAUGAAACUCCACUUCCUAAUGGGCUAAAGACAGAAUUUGUUCAUGCGCUACCAGAUACGUCCUCAGGUUGUGAUGGGAAAAUGGGGAGCUGUGCUGUCGAGCAUGAAUUAAACUGUUCCAAGAAUGAGAAGGAGCUGGAGGAAUUGCUCCUAGAAGCAAGUCAAGAGACAGGGCAGGAGCCACUGUGACACUUUAGCUCCUCUGGGUCGAUCUACGUUGAGCUGAGACUGUCUUGGGACAUGCCUGUGUAGCUUUCUUCCCUUCCCACUCCACAUGAUUCAGAAGAACCUUGGUCUGCAGUACAGAGGUUAUUUUUUUUCAAAACAAUGUGAUAUUUCCUGCCCUAGACACUUUUCCCCACAUUCUUGACUCUGCCCUGUAAGGAAGGACUCGGAUAUUUUCAAGAUGAUUCAGGAAGGGAAGGAGAACAGAGAGAAAAUCUUACCAAAAGAGUGAUUUCCCUACCUGGCACCUGAUGGAAACGGCACUACUUUCUGACCUUCUCUAGACACUAGCUGAUGCAUUUGCAUUUUUCUUUCUAUAUUUCUCUGGAAUUACCACUGUUACUGAGUAAUUUGUAAGGAGAAGAUAUCCUCAAUCCUGGAGAAUGGGCAUUGGACAGGAAUUUUCUCCAAAUCAAAUGGGAGAUUAAAAACCCAGAGUCUCAUGGUUCAGGCCUGGGUUUGCUUUCCACACACUACAAGUGUCCCAGGUCUCUGAAGGCUAGUUUAAGAAAACUGUUUUCUAACAUGGAAACCUGCUAGCAGAAUGGUUGCACAUGAUUGUGUCCCUGGGAAGCGUGGCACUGACAAGCUGUAGUCACCUGUUGAGAAACUUGUAUCGCCAGACAAGCUGUCCAGGACAGGCUGCACCCACAGCCACAAUGGUUAUUUAUUUUAAAUUCCUUUUUUAGGUAUAUAUUUAUCAUGAGCUUCAAAGUACUGAACAGGAUUUAACUUAGAAAACAAUGUAGAAUUACUUUUAGUCUAACCUGCAACCUUUUUGGAACUUUACUCCUGGUUUGCAGAACUCUGCCAAAAAGCACCAUCAGAAAUACCUUCCCGUGCAAACCCUUAUACAGAACACCACACUGACAUAACUAGCCGGCGUGCUUGUGUGCACACAAACACACAUUUGUGAGAUCCACAUUUCAGGGGGCUCCCUGCCUGUGACGUGUUCAAGAGGCCGAGCUAAUACCCUUGAGGAUCAGGUGAAAUUCCAUUGUUGUGUGUCUCUUGGGGGAGAAGGAAUCAUCAUGGCUGAGUCUAUUCUAGUUUCCUAACUUUUAUAAGCUUCAAAGAGAAGGACAAAUUACCCCCUUUAGCAAGGUUUUCUCAAAGCCAUAUAGUACGGAACUGACCGUGUGAGAGAGAGGGUGGGAUGGGGCUGACUCAGUCAUCUCCAUUUGGGGACUCAUCCAGCAAUCUAAUACUGAGCCAGAGGCAAAUAUGCAGUAGAAGUAGUUGGAUCCUCUACAUUUUAUUACAUUAAAGGAAGUCUAGGAUCACCUUGUUUGUUUAAGUUACUGCCCUCCUUCUGUUUUGGAUUUUCCAACUCCUUUUGUAUUUGGCUGAGGAAAGAUUCAGGGGACAUGUUACACCAUUAAAAGAUGAACAGGAAUUUGACUUUUCAUGACUGUGUAAGUAGCUUUCAUUUAGCUGGUCAGUGGGCCUUUUGAUUCAGUGUAAAAUCUUGCUUUAGAGAAUAUUUGCCCCUUUUACCAAAGGUUUUUUGGGAUGAAUUUUCAAUUCUGCAUUGGAACAUGCUCCAUUCUAUAAAUUGUGCUUAAUACAGAGAAUCCCAGAGGCUGUCACACCUUUGAUAGGACGAAUAUACUAUUAGCGGUGCCUUUCCUUUACUCUUCUUGCCAAGGGAAGGAAUCCGGUUGCUCUGGAAAAGGUGUUCAAUUUUCUCAGGGAGGGUUCUCUCUCAAUGUCCCAGGGCUUGUGAGAUUCUGCUGGCCGAGCACUCUGGUAUCGAGAGUGUGGAAUGGGUCAUUGUUUUAGUCUGCAAAGUCCCACUGCAACAUACCACACCCUGCACAAAGCAUGACACCCAAAGAGGCCAUUAUUCCGAAGUCACUAUUACAAUGAAAGCCAGAAUUGCCAGAGUGCAAAUCGCCUCACUGAUAAUCCAAAUGAAUGGAAUGCCUGCCCCUGUACCCACAGCCAGAGAGAGGAGCAGGCCUGUUGGGGCGGAAGCAGCAGUUCUAGGGCAGCAUUGAGGUGUUGGGCAGAAGGCUUCAAUAUAGCACAUGCAAGAGGAACAAUCAAGGAAGGGAAACAAAGUUAUGCAGCAAACCUUUUUUAUCGUGUAGCAAGGCCUGUUAGCGUAAAGUCUGAAUGACGUGGGUCAUAAGAGAUUGAACCACCUUUAUCCUUGACUUGGAGAAGAAGGAAGACUCGGUAGGUUAAAUUAGGUGUUGAACUACCAUUUUGGUUCAAAUCCACGAGGAAUGGCAGACACACACCCUCCCACCCGCCCCCCAAAAUUGCUAUCGGAAGAGAAAUAUUUCUGUAUAUGUGGAUUACUGCUUUGCUAUGAAGAGAAAUCUCGGAAGGAAACUACGGUACUAAUCUGUAAUUUAACAAAUUUAUUGUAUAAACUGACCAGAGAACCAGCCUAGUGAGGGGGCUGUUGGGUAGAACUUACGCUUUUUUUAUUUUUAUUUUUUCUUAAGUGCAAUAAAUCUAUCAGGGAGCUGUGAGGGCACUUCGCUGCAUGGGAAUCAAGGCUGGAGAUGCAGAAAUUUUAGCUCUUCAUGCACUGAAACUGAAUCACAUUAGGAAUUUGCUGCAUUAACACUACAUACAAAGGAUGGUGAUUUAUUUGCUAAUGUUUGUCAUUUCUUUCUGUUGUGUAUUUUUGUUAACACCGUUUUCUAUUAAAUGAAAACUGCAUUCGUCACUGACUCCUCCUGUCUGUUUGGUACCUACAAAUGACACUUGGUUUGUCCAUGGCAAAGAAGAGAAGGUGAGAUUUCAAUAGAACUGAAGCAAUACCCUUUCCAAAGGAAUUCGCAGAGCUAGCGCUACCAUCCACUACCCUGGCGAAAAGAGCCGUGAGGAAAACCAGACAGUGGUUUGAAGUUCUGCAUGGUACCUGUGGGUGUGAGCUUGAUAUGACAGUCUCAGUCCAGUGGUCCAGCCUCUGAAAUGCUUUUCUCUCCCAGAUAUUCCUGUUCAGAAUCUAUUUGCCCUUUUGCUUUUCACUUCAAUGGGUAAAAUACCUGUAAAGCUACACAAGAAUCAUCAGUGGGGUUUUCAGAAGCACCGAAAUGAGCUCAGAGCACAAGUCUCGUUGGCUGUCACUGGGGUUGGUGCCCCUAAGGCCCUUAGAUGCUUCCCACCCAGGGAGCUGGCUUCUUGGAAGACAUGAGUGAGAUCCUAAAGCUGGUAAGGACCGCUGUCUGUGGGCUCAGGGUGUUUGCCCAUAUUGGGAGUCCCAUUGCAGUCUGGGGGGAAGUUGGCAAUGAUCAUCUUCUUGAGAGCUCUUGCUACUCAAUGUUAAUGAAUUAUUUGUGCAAGAGAAAUGCUAAAAUAUUACAGGUCACAAAAAUGAGAUUUUACUCAAUAUUAAUGGCUUAUGAGAAGAACCAGCUGUCAGAUCGUGGAGGUCUAGGCUCACGGUGAUGGUGACCGUGCAGUUCUAGGCAAUUCCCUGCUGUACAUGUGACAGGAAAUUGAGCUACAUCUAAAACAUUUUUUGUGGUACCCAUUUCUUCUCCUCUGUAUGCUGCUCUGACAUGGCUUUGUCCCUGUAUCUAAGCUUAAUGCUGACAGCAGCUACAUACCCUCCAGUCUGCUUCAGAAAGAUCUGCCUUACAAGCAAUUACAGAAACAGGUUUAUUGCAUAUUCUUUAUAUUCUGCUAUGAAUGCAGAGCGGGACUUUCCAGCAUCGGGUACUGAUUUGAGGAGUUCAGUGUGAGUUACCCGGUAUGCAGAAAGCCGAACCGGGCAGCCCAGUGGCUGUUUGUAGCAGUCGCUUCUCCACAAGAAGCAGCAGACAAGUCAGUAUGCAAACCAGGAGUGCUUAAUUGGGAGAAUCCUAUGGCAAAGCUGCAGCCUUCAUAUCUCAUUUGUAGUUUAGAUUUAGUAUCCACAGGAACAUCUGAAGCCACUCCUGAGUUCCUGGGCUCAUGGACCCAGCAGUUAUGGUGCAUCUUUCCCUGUGCCUGGAAAACCAACACGAAUUAGGCUGUUUUGCCAAAGAAGCUGUCCUCUGGCAUUUGACCCAGUUAGGUAUGCCCAGCAGUUUGCAUACAGGGAGACAGCCCAUAAAAAAUUCAGCACCAGUCAAGACAGAAGCAUUUGCCCUCGUGCCUCUCAGUACUACCCCUGAAUGAAGUUGUUUUUAGUCAUUUCCUUUUGAAAGGAAUAAAAUCCAUCAUUCAUGUUACAUAAAACUAGGACCUCAAGAUUCCCAGUAGACCUAUCCUGAGACUUAUUGUCAUGUCUCUCUUACCGCUUUCUCAUUUAUGCUCUUCUCCAAGAAACUUCUUAGAGAGAUUCCCCUUUGCUUUCUGUCAUCUGUGAGCCUUGACUAUCUGGCCUACUGUCAUUUGUAAAUCUGUGGUGAAUAACCGGGAAUAACUGCUAAGAAUAUCAGCAGCACAUAUUACAGCAGGGAAAUCUAGAUUCAGUAGUUAAGAAUAAGGAUCUGAGUUGAAACCUCUGCUCAGCCUUCUGGCAGGUGUUUUCACUGCCGUAUUUCUUGAAGCAGAACAGAACCCAUCAGAAGGUCUAACUGCCCUUGGACGCAGCGUAGGCAUCUCCUGUUAAUGUUACUUGAUAGGCACUGAAAUGAGGCCAUGACAUGUCAGUCAUACUGUAGACACCAUAUUAGAAACCUUUUGCAGGUGUCUUACAGGGCAUGUGCAGCAGCUGCUUUUCAAAACUUCAGUGUCCCUCUGGGACUCUUUAAAGUGGCAAAAGCAUCUUGUCUGGUGUCCUAUUUCUGAAACGGCCACGAUGCGUAUUGCAAAGCAGUCUGUGGCAGUGGGAAAACUGCCUUGUGUGUUCUUGGAUCUUAGACGCGACCUUGUGUGAUGUGAUGUGUUAUACCCCCAGAUGUGGGAACACUGACCAGAUUGUCGAUGCUGAAACUGUUGCACUCCCUCUUCUAAACAUCCAUGGAACUUCGGGUAGAACCGGGAUCUCACUAGCUUAGCGAUGCUUCCUUCAGAAGCUGAAUUUUCAAAUGUGAGGGCCUAAAGUUAAGCACCUGAAUCCAUGCUGGGAACCUAAUGUAAACCUGCUCAGAUUAGCUUCCAUUGACUUGAGUGGAAGUUGAGGGUGCGUAGGCCCUCUGACAAGCAGGGCACUCUUACUUAGCUGCUUCACUUCAGACACCUAGGUCUGAAAAUACUGGACAUUGAGCCCGGUCCUGAAAGGCACUGAAUGCCUCCUGCAAGUUUCACAGAACCCCUGACCUCCUCUUGAAGUCUGGAGUUAAGUGGGCCCAGCUCCAUCCAGGGUCAUCCCCUAACUAGAUCCUUCCCACGCCUCAUCACGCUCUUCUACUCAUGCUGCUUGUCAGUGUGGAAAGUAGAGAUCCUUCUGGAAGAUGCCAUGAUUUUAAAUGGAAAGCACUUCAUCCAAAGAACAAAUCCAACGGGGCACCAAGAGCUACCAUGUUGGAACGGGGCCUGUGUCUCAGACUUCCAUCAGAUUGACACAUUUCUGCCCUUUCAAUCAGAGUCUGAAAAUGAGAACAGGAAAAUAAAUGGACUUAUCUGAGCCUGCCGGGAUGCACUGUGCCAUGGACAAAUAGACUGUUACCUAGAACCUUUUCUCCAGGGUAAAAUAUAACACUGCUCUAAAAGGGAAAGGGGCCACAGCUGUAUCAGCAGCCCUGAUAAUGCAGCAGCUUGGGGUUCAGCAAAGAAAUCGCACCCGCUGAAGCCUUCCAGCUUUUGUAACCAAGCAAAUAGAGAGGAUCCAUGCCACAGAACUUUCAGCUAACCGGCUACUCUUCUUCUGUGCUUAGAACGCCGACUGAAUGGUAGUGUUACCUCUGCCCAAAGCCUGGAAGCAAAGAGAUUUGUUCCUGAUCACCUCCUUUCUCACUGACCAAUUGCCUCACGUGGAUGGUUUUUAGGUACCAAAAGACUUGGAAAAACCAUGUAACCUGCCUUUAACUGAAUGUUGACAUCUCCUGUAAACCAGCACUUGGGUAUUAAAGAGUUAAUAUAUUUCAUUUCUGUUUUAUUAGAAAGGCUGGUAUCGGGCCAGUACUUGCUUUGUUAUCAAACCCUAGAGAACUAUGACGUGUGUUUUACCGCAUUUAUGGAUUUCUUGUAAUACUCUUGGUUGAAAUAAAGGGUUUCCUAAUUUA